CCUCCAUCUGCCCGGCUUCAUGAGGAGCUGGACGGACCAGCCGGGACCCAGCAUCAGAAUGUGGAGAGCAGUACUUGCAAAACUUGUUGUUAUAUUGAUUUUCUGUACUUUCCGCUGUCAUUCACAAGGUUGUGAGACGGGGCAGUUCCGGUGUGGGACAGGCCGAUGCAUCCCACAGCACUGGCAUUGUGAUGGAACGUUAGACUGUGUAGACGAUUCUGAUGAAGCUGACUGCCCCCUUGUAACAUGCGAUGAGAGUCAUUUCCAGUGCUUGAGUGACGGGGAGUGUGUCCCAGAUGUCUGGGUUUGUGACGACGAAGAGGACUGUGAGGAUGGCUCAGAUGAGAGACACCACUGUCCUGGUAGGACGUGCUCCAGUGGGCAGUUCAGCUGCACCAAUGGGGCCUGCAUCCCAGGGGAGUACAGGUGUGACCGGCUGCCCGACUGCGCGGACGGGGCUGACGAGAGAGACUGCCACUACCGUGAGUGUACAGAGAUGAGGUGUGCCAACAGUGCCUGUUAUAACCGGACCCAGCACUGUGAUCAGGUCAUGGACUGCCGUGACGGGUCAGACGAGGCGAACUGCACACAGCACUGCAGUAGUGGCCUGUUCCAAUGCGGAAACGGAGAGUGUGUCCCUCAACGCUAUGUCUGUGACCAUGACGACGACUGUGGAGACAGGAGUGAUGAACAGAGCUGCACCUAUCCGGCUUGCAGAGGGAGCUACUUCACGUGCCCCAGCGGUCGCUGUGUUCACCAGGUCUGGCUUUGUGAUGGGGAAGACGACUGUGAAGACAAUGCAGAUGAGAAAGGCUGUGACUCUGUAUCACACGAGUGCUAUCCUGGAGAAUGGCCCUGUCCAUCCUCAGGCCUGUGUAUCCCAAUGGACCAACUGUGUGAUGGGACAGCCCAAUGUCCAGAUGGAGAGGAUGAGGCCAACACCACUGCUGGACGCAAUUGCAGUAUCUGGAGGUGUGCUUCUCUGAGCUGUGAGCAUCGCUGUCAUGCGUCUCCUGAGGGAGGAACCUGCUCAUGUCCUUCUGGGUACACUGUCAACAACAAUAACAGCCGCUCUUGUAUUGACUUUGACGACUGUCAGAUGUGGGGCGUCUGCGACCAGCUCUGUGAAGACCGGAUGGGAACCCAUCGCUGCAGCUGUCGAGAGGGCUAUUUCCUGGAGCAGCACCGAUACUGCAGAGCUAACACCUCAACUAGCGUAGCCUCGCUGGUGUUCUCCAAUGGCCAAGACAUGCUGAUUGGUGACAUCCAUGGACACAGCUCUCGCACCCUGGUCCAUUCCCAGAAUAGAGGAGUCCCUGUCGGGGUGGACUUCCACUACCUCCUCAAUAGAGUCUUCUGGACGGAUACUAUUCAGAACAAGGUGUUUUCGGUGGAUAUGGACGGCUCCAAUAUGCAGGUGAUUUUAAAUGUAUCAGUUGACUACCCAGAGAACCUAGCCGUGGACUGGGUGAACAAUAAGCUGUAUGUGGUGGAGGCCAGCGUCAACCGGAUUGACAUGGUGGACUUUGACGGGAAUAACCGGGUGACGCUGAUCGCAGAGAAUCUGGGAAAUCCCAGAGGGCUGGCCGUGGACCCAACUGUGGGGUUCCUGUUCUUCUCAGACUGGGACUCUCUGAAUGGAGAGCCAGGUUUGGAGCGGGCUUACAUGGAUGGCACCAAUCGCUAUGGGAUCAUCAGGACUAAAUUGGGCUGGCCAGCAGGGAUCACACUGGAUAUUGAUGCUAAGCGAGUCUACUGGGUCGACAGCCGCUACGACUAUAUUGAAACCACCACAUAUGAUGGGCUUCAUAGGAAAACAGUGGUCCAUGGAGGUGCUGUGAUCCCCCAUCCCUUUGGCAUCAGUCUGUUUGAGCACACUGUGUAUUUCACUGACUGGACCAAGAUGGCCGUGAUGAAAGCCAACAAGUUCAUUGACACAAACCCUCAGGUGGUCUACACCACAUCUCAGACCCCACACGGAGUGCAAGUUGUACACCAACUGAGACAACCGUAUGUGACUAACCCUUGCGGGGUAGACAGGGACGGCUGUGAGCAGAUCUGUAUUCUAAGCCACAGGUCAGACAACCAAGGGCUGGGCUACCGCUGCAGGUGUCGCAUGGGCUACGACCUGCAUGCUGACGGCAAGAGAUGUGUUGCGGUGAGGCAGUUCCUUCUCUUCUCCAGCCAGCUGGCUGUCCGAGGCAUCCCCUUCAACCUGUCCUCUCAGGAGGAUGUCAUCCUUCCUGUCACUGGAACGCCCUCCUACUUCGUUGGGGUGGACUUCAGCGCAGAGGACGAUGCCAUCUUCUUCUCAGACACGGCCAAAGACAUCAUCUACAAGCAGAAAGUGGAUGGCACCGGCAGGGAGGUGCUAGCUGCCAAUAGAGUGGACGGCGUGGAGGACUUGGCUUACGACUGGAUUUCAAAGAACCUCUACUGGACGGACCCGCGCUUCAGGAGCAUUUCAGUCAUGAAGGUGGCCGAUCAGUCCAGGAGAGCCAUCAUACGCAACCUGAACAACCCACGGUCCAUCGUGGUACACCCUGUGAUUGGGUAUAUUUUCUGGACCGACUGGUAUCGUCCAGCGAAGAUUAUGAGGGCCUGGUGUGAUGGGUCACAUGCCCUGUCGAUUGUGAACACUACUCUUGGCUGGCCCAACGGCCUGGCUAUCGACUGGAGCUCCAUGCGCCUGUACUGGGUGGAUGCCUUCUUUGAUAAGAUCGAACACAGCACCUUUGAUGGGCAGAACAGGCUGUCUUUGGAGCGCAUCACUCAGAUCUCACAUCCUUUUGGUCUCACCAUUUUUGGAGGUUAUGCAUAUUUCACUGACUGGCGCCUGGGUGGGAUCGUGCGUGUGCGCAAGACUGACGGGGGAGAGAUGGUCAUCAUCAGGCGGGGAAUCAGCCACAUCAUGCACGUCAAAUCUUUCAACUACAACUCCCAGACCGGUUCCAACUUCUGCAACAGGAAUACUAAUCCUAAUGGAGACUGCAGCCAUUUCUGCUUCCCGGCGCCGGACUCGCAGAGGGUGUGUGGCUGCCCGUAUGGCAUGAAGCUGGCGCCCAGCCAGCAGACGUGUGUAGACGACCCUUCCAACGAGCCCCCUAUGCUGCAGUGCGGUUCCAAUUCCUUCUCCUGCACCAACGGGAAAUGUGUCCCUCAGAACUACAGAUGCGACGGCGUUGAUGAUUGCCAUGACAACAGUGAUGAGGCCAACUGUGGCGGAGCUCAUAACACCACCUGCUCACCCAGGGCAUUCACCUGUGCCAACCAGCACUGUGUGCCCAGUGGAUGGCACUGUGACGGGCACAACGACUGCUUUGACAGCAGUGACGAGCGGGACUGCCCCACCCAGACCCCUGGCACCUGCGCGGCCAACCAGUUCACCUGUGCCAACAACCGCUGUAUCCCACACAUCUGGCUGUGUGACACGGACAACGACUGUGGAGACGGCUCGGACGAGGCCAACUGCAACCUCAGUGGUACAUGCCACCCGGAACAGUUCCAGUGCCCAGACCACCGCUGUAUAGGCCCCAGCUAUGUGUGUGACGGUGACAGAGACUGUAUGGAUGGGGCUGACGAACAGGGCUGCAUUUACAACUGCACUCUCUAUGAGUUCAAGUGUUCUAAUGGACAUCAGUGUAUCAACUCCUACUACCGCUGUGAUGGGGUCUUUGACUGUAGCGAUCACUCAGAUGAGUCUGGCUGUCAUGAUCGUGAGCCUUUACCAGCCACCAGACCCCCAGGGAUGUGCCACCAUGAGAGUGAGUUCCAGUGCCAGUCCGACGGCAGCUGUAUCCCCUCCACCUGGGAGUGUGACGGUCACCCGGACUGCGAGGACGGCUCAGACGAGCACCACGUCUGUCCCCCCCGCACCUGCCCCACCACCCUGUUCCGCUGUGACAACGGCAACUGUGUGUACCAACGGUGGCUCUGCGACGGCGACAACGACUGUAGGGACAUGAGUGACGAGAGAGACUGCCCCACGCCACCUUUCCGCUGCCCUAGCUGGCAGUGGCAGUGCCCGGGCCACAGCAUGUGUGUCAACAUCAGCAGGGUGUGUGACAACAAUCCCGACUGCCCCAAUGGUGCAGACGAGUCUCCGCUCUGCAACGAGCCCUUGCCAGACCAAGAGAGCUGCACUGACAACAACGCAGGUUGCACCCACGGCUGCAUCCAGGGGCCUUUUGGGGCCCAGUGCACGUGUCCCAUGGGCUACCAGCUGAGUAACGACUCGAAGACGUGCGAUGACGUAGACGAGUGUAGCCCCCCUGGCCUGUGUAGCCAGCAUUGCUUCAACGAGAGAGGCUCCUUUCGCUGUCACUGCUCCGACGGAUACACUCUGGAGGCUGACCAACGCGCAUGCAAGGUCUCAGGUUCACGCGAGGCUUUUCUUUUAGUCGCCAGCCGAAAUCAGAUUGUGUCUGAUGACAUAACCACUCAACCCAAUGUGGUCCGCUCGCUGGUCCGGGAUGGACGAAACAUUGUGGCGCUGGACUUUGACUCAGUGACUGACCGUGUGUACUGGUCUGACACCAGCCAGGACAGAAUAUGGAGCGCUCACAAAAAUGGCAGCGACAGGGCUGUGGUUUUUGACAGUGGAGUGACAGUGACAGAGAGCCUGGCAGUGGACUGGGUUGGCAGGAACCUAUACUGGACUGACUAUGUUCUGGAGACCAUUGAGGUGUCCAAACUGGACGGCACCCACAGGACUGUCUUGGUUAGUGAGAAUGUGACCAAUCCCAGAGCCAUUGUGCUGGACCCAAGGGACAGUGCUCACCUCAUGUUCUGGACAGACUGGGGGAGGAACCCUCGCAUUGAGAAGGCCAGUAUGGACGGGAAGAUGAGGACAACCAUCAUAAGCAACAAACUGUACUGGCCCAACGGCCUAACCAUUGACUAUCCCAACAAUCUGCUCUACUUCGCGGAUGCCUACCUGGAUUUUAUUGACUACUGUGAUUACAAUGGCAAAAACAGGAAACAAGUUCUGGCCAGCGAUCUGGUACUGCAACAUCCCCACGCAAUUACCAUUUUUGAGGAUUUUGUGUAUUGGACCGACAGAUACAUCAACCGCGUUAUCCGAGCCCAUAAGUGGCACGGGGGGAACCAGACAGUGAUGCUCUACAACCUUCCUCAGCCCAUGGGCCUGGUGGCGGUACACCCGGCCAGGCAGCCCGCAGGUGAAAACCACUGCUUUAGCAGCCCCUGUUCUCAUAUCUGUCUGCUGUCGGCCGUGGGGCCCAGCUUCUACUCCUGUGCCUGCCCCUCAGGCUGGACCCUGGCUGCAGACCAAAUCACCUGUGCCAGAGUUGAGGAUCCUUUCUUGGUGGUGGUAAGAGAUAGCGUCAUAUACGGCAUUCCCUUGAACCCGGACGUCAAGAGCAACGAUGCCAUGGUGCCUGUUGCUGGACUUCAGAAUGGAUACGAUGUGGACUUUGACAACACUGAGCAGACCAUCUAUUGGGUGGAGCACCCGGGCGAGAUCCACAGGGUGAAGUCGGACGGUACCAACAGGACAGAGUUUGCCCCGGCAGCCAUCCUGGGUUCCCCUGUGGGCCUGGCCCUGGACUGGAUGACAGAGAACCUGUACUACACCAACCCAGCCAGCCAGUCGAUUGAGGUUUUGAGGCUGAGAGGGGAGAUGCAGUACAGAAAGACUCUCAUCACCAAUAAUGGCUCCCCGACUGGCGCAGGCACUCCGGUUGGCAUCGCUGUGGACCCAGCACGCGGGAAACUGUACUGGACAGACCAGGGCACAGAGAGCGGCAUCCCUGCCAAGGUGGCGGCUGCAGACCUGGACGGCUCCAACCCUGUCACCCUGUUCACCAACAACCUGGAUCAGGUGGAGUUCAUCACUGUGGACAUCAGUGAGAACAAGCUGUACUGGGCUGUCACAGGCGCCGGAAUGAUUGAGCGUGGCGACCCAGACGGGACCAAUCGCAUCACUAUAGUGACAGGCUUGUCCCAUCCCUGGGGUGUUGCUGUUCAUGAGAGCUUCCUGUACUUCACCGACCGGGACUUUGAGGUGAUAGAGCGCGUGGACAAGGCCACCGGUGCGAACAAGGUGGUGCUGCGGGACAACGUGUCUGGACUGAGAGUACUGAAAGUGCACUACAGGGAGACCUCGGCUGGUACAUCCAACGGCUGCAGCAACAACAUGGGGCUGUGUGAGCACCUGUGUCUACCACGGCCCGGGGGCCUGUAUACCUGUGCCUGUGCUACGGGCUUCAAGCUGAGUGCUGACAACAGAACCUGUGCUUCAUACCAGUCCUACGUGGUCAUCUCCAUGCUAUCUGCCCUCAAAGGUUUCAGUCUGGAGGGGGCUGACCACUCUGAGGCCAUGGUGCCAGUGGCUGGGAGAGGCCGCAAUGCUUUGCAUGUGGACGUCCACAUGCCCUCUGGGUUCCUCUACUGGUGUGACUUCAGCAGCACCGUGACAUCUCAGAAUGGAAUCCGCCGGAUCAAGUCUGACGGAGCAGGUUUCGACAGUGUGGUCACGUCUGGAAUCGGACGCAACGGGAUACGAGGUAUCGCCGUGGACUGGGCUGCAGGAAACCUCUAUUUCACGAAUGCUUUCCUGACGGAGACCUAUGUGGAGGUUCUGCGCUUGAACACCACUUUCAGACGUGUGCUGUUGAAGACUCAAGUGGACAUGCCACGCCACAUCGUGGUGGACCCUAAAAACAGAUACCUGUUCUGGGCAGAUUACGGACAGAACCCCAAGAUUGAGCGAGCUCUGCUGGACGGGACCAACCGCACUGUGCUGGUGUCGUCUGGGAUUAUAACCCCGCGAGGUCUGGCUCUGGACUACCAGACUGGAUAUGUCUACUGGGUGGAUGACUCUCUGGAUAUGAUAGCCCGGGUCGACCCUCAGGGGGGCGAGACAGAGGUAGUCCGGUUUGGGAGUCGUUACCCGACUCCCUAUGGCAUCACUGUGUUUGAGACUAGCAUCAUCUGGGUGGACAGGAACCUGAAGAAGGUGUUCCAGGCCAGUAAGGAGCCUGGCAGUACAGAGCAGCCUACAGUCAUCAGAGACAACAUCAACAUGCUGAGAGACGUGACCAUCUAUGACCAGCGUAUCCAGCCCAGCUCGGCCCAGCAGCUCAACAACAAUCCCUGCCUGGAGACCAAUGGAGGCUGUGCCCACUUCUGCUUCGCCCUCCCCGGGAACCAGACCAAGAAGUGUGGCUGUGCCUUUGGCAACCUGGGGACGGACAACAAGGGCUGUGUGGUGUCGCGGGAUGAUUACCUCAUCUUUACAACAGAGAGUACGGUGCAGAGCCUACAUUUGGACACGGACGACCACGGACUGCCCUUCCCUGUGGUCAACGUGCCCGGCACCUCUGUGGCCCUGGACUUUGACCGCACAGACAAUAGGAUCUACUUCACCCAGAGCUCAGGGGCUGGGAGCAGCAAGAUUAGCUUCAUCAGUCUUUCAUCUCCUCCCUCACCUCCAGUAGUGGUGGCUUCAGAUCUUGGAGCUCCUGAUGGUAUUGCCUAUGACUGGAUCAACAAAAGGAUUUACUACAGUGACUACAUCAACCAGACUAUCAGCUCCAUGGCAGUGGACGGGACACAGAGAUCCAUCAUCGCUCAUGUGCCUCGGCCUAGAGCCAUAAUGCUGGAUCCCUGCAGGGGAUAUAUGUACUGGACAGACUGGGGGACGAAUGCAAAGAUUGAACGUUCUACUUUGGGAGGGAACUUCAGGGCAGAGAUUGUAAACAGUAGUCUGGUGUGGCCCAAUGGGCUGACCCUGGACUAUGAAGAGCAGAGACUGUACUGGGCAGAUGCCAGCCUACAGAAGAUUGAGCGCUGCUCUCUCACCGGGGCCAAUCGGGAGGUCAUCGUCAGCACAGCCAUUUACCCUUUCGCCAUGACCAUGUAUGGCCAGUACAUCUACUGGACUGACUGGAACACACGCAGUAUCUACCGGGCUAACAAGCACGAUGGGUCUGACCAGAGGGUGAUGACCCAGAACCUUCCAUCCAGGCCUAUGGACGUCCAUGUGCUGGCCAGCAACAAGCAGCAACAGUGCAACAGCCCAUGUCAGCAGUUCAACGGAGGCUGCAGUCACAUCUGUACCCCAGGGCCCCAGGGUGCUGAGUGUCAGUGUCCCUCAGAGGGUCGCUGGUACCUGGCCGACAACAAGCACUGUAUCCCUGACAACGGGACCCGCUGCCAGGAAGGCCAGUUCACCUGUAUGAAUGGACGCUGUAUCCGUGCUCAGUGGAAGUGUGACAAUGACAAUGACUGUGGGGACGGAAGCGACGAACUGGAGAGAGUCUGUGGAUCCAAGAAUGAUUUCCAAACUUCCGUCCAAGUGCAAAUGGCAGCCGCAUUUAUUGCCUUGUCAGCCUUCCACACCUGCGAGCCCACUGUGUUCACUUGUGGGAAUGGUCGCUGUGUGCCCUACCACUACCGCUGUGACCACUACAACGACUGUGGGGAUAACAGUGAUGAGGUAGGCUGCCUGUUCAGUCCGUGCGAUCCCAACACUGAGUUCCCCUGCAACAACGGACGCUGCAUCGCCAAGGACUACAUCUGCAAUGGCAUCAACAACUGUUAUGACAACGGCACCUCGGACGAACAAAACUGCCCGGAGCGAACAUGUCAGCCAGAACACACUAAGUGUACAUCCACCAACAUCUGCAUCCCCCGCUCCUACCUGUGUGACGGGGACAACGACUGUGGGGACAUGAGUGACGAGAGCCCUACACACUGUGCCACCUCCACUUGUGCCCAGAACGAGUUCCGCUGCUCCAGUGGCCGCUGUAUCCCAGCCCAUUGGUACUGUGAUGGGGGUACCGACUGUGCUGACGGCUCCGAUGAGCCCUCCUCCUGUACCACCCUGGUGAGAACCUGCAACACUGACCAGUUCCCCUGUGACGACGGCAGGUGCAUCGCUUCCUCCUGGAUCUGCGACGGGGACAAUGAUUGUGGAGACAUGAGUGACGAGGACCAGAGACACAACUGUGACAACCGCACAUGCUCAGCUUUGGAGUUUACCUGUGUGAACAACCAAGCGCCACAGCGGAAGUGCAUCCCUCGUGAUUGGGUGUGUGACGGCGAUGCGGACUGUGCGGACGCGUUGGACGAGCAUCAGAACUGCACGCGCCGAUCAUGUGGUGUCAACGAGUUCACCUGCAGCAACGGCCUCUGCAUACGCAGCUCCUACAGGUGUGACCGGAGGAAUGACUGUGGGGACAGCAGUGACGAGCAGGGCUGCACCUACCAGCCAUGUCAGCAGCACCAGUUCACCUGUCAAAACGGACGCUGUGUGUCCCGCGACUUCAUAUGUGACGGGGACAACGACUGCGGGGACGAGUCCGAUGAGCUUGACCACCUGUGCCGCAUGCCACCGCCUACGUGCCCCCCCGGGCAGUUCAGGUGUGACAACGGACACUGUGUCCCGAUCGUCAACGUGUGUGACCGUACCGACGACUGCUCAGACAACAGUGACGAGAAGGGCUGUGGAAUAAAUGAAUGCACCAACCCCUCUAUGCACCACUGUGACCAGAACUGCACUGACACACCCACCAGCUUCAUCUGCACCUGUCGCCCCGGCUACCGCCUCAUGUCCGACAACAAGACCUGCGACGACGUCAACGAGUGUGCGGAGACGCCCAGCGUGUGUAGUCAGGUGUGUGAGAACACGGUGGGCUCCUACAUGUGUAAAUGUGCCCCCGGGUUCCUGCGGGAACCGGAUGGCCACAGCUGUCGUCAGAACAGCAACAUUACGCCCUACCUCAUCUUCAGUAACCGCUAUUAUCUUCGUAACCUGUCCACGGACGGAGAGGCCUACUCCCUCAUCCUGCAGGGCCUGACCAGCGUGGUGGCCAUGGACUUUGACCGCGUGGACAAGAGGUUCUAUUGGAUUGAUGUGAGUCGCAGGGUGAUUGAGCGGAUGUUCUAUAACGGCAGUAACAGGGAAGUGGUGGUGAACGGGGUGCUCCAUGGAGAGGGCCUGGCGGUCGACUGGGUGGCCAGGAAACUCUACUGGGCGGACAGUUUCCUGGACUGUCUCAAAGUGUCUGAACUGGACGGACGCUUUGUGAAGAAACUGGCUGAACACUGUGUGGACGCCAAUAACACCUACUGCUUUGAAAACCCCAGGGCGCUCGUUCUCCAUCCCAAAUAUGGAUAUGUCUACUGGACAGAUUGGGGGGACAAAGCCUUCAUAGGCCGUGUUGGAAUGGACGGCACCAACAAGACCGCAAUCAUCACCACUAAGAUCGAGUGGCCCAAUGGGGUCACUAUCGACUACAGCAAUGACAAGCUCUACUGGUCGGAUGCCCAUCUCAACUACAUUGAGUUCUCAGACCUGGAGGGACAUCACAGACACACCGUGUAUGACGGGAUACUGCCCCAUCCUUUUGCCCUGACUGUGUUUGAGGAGACUGUGUACUGGACUGACUGGAACACCCGUACAGUGGAGAAAGGCAACAAAUACGACGGAUCCGGCCGCCAGUCUCUGGUCAACACCACACACAGACCCUUCGACAUCCACGUGUGCCAUCCCUAUAGGCAGCCCAUAGUGACCAACCCCUGUGCAGUGAACAAUGGAGGCUGCUCCCACCUGUGUCUGCUCCGCGACGGGGGGCGGGGUCACACCUGUGAAUGCCCAGACCACUUCCUGACUUUACAGCUGGGGGGGGUGGCUCGCUGCCUGCCCAUGUGCACCAGCACCCAGUACAGAUGUGCGGAUAAUGAGCGCUGCAUCCCCAUCUGGUGGAAGUGUGACGGCCAGAGGGACUGCAGAGACGGCUCUGAUGAGCCCUCCACCUGCCCCAGUCGCCACUGCCAACUGGGCCAGUUCCAGUGCAACGAUGGAAACUGCACCAGCCCCCACUUCCUGUGCAACAGCAACCAGGACUGCCAUGAUGGCUCUGAUGAAGAUCCUGUGCUGUGUGCCACUCAUCAGUGCGAGACCCACCAGUGGCAGUGCACCAGUAAGAGGUGCAUCCCAGAGGCGUGGCAGUGUGACGGGGAGGACGACUGUGGCGACGGCUCUGACGAGGAGCCCACUCACUGCUCCAGCAGGACCUGCCGGCCCGGACAGUCCAAGUGCCGUAACGGACGCUGCAUCCCCCAGAACUGGAUGUGUGACGUGGACGACGACUGUGGCGACAACUCCGACGAGCCUCUGGAAGAGUGCAUGGGGCCGUCUUAUCGCUGUGACAACCACACCCAGUUUGACUGCAGGACCAACUACCGCUGUGUGCCACUGUGGUCUGUGUGCAACGGUCACAACGACUGCAGGGACAACAGUGAUGAGCAGGGCUGCGAGGAGGUGACAUGUGACCCUCUGGGGGACUUCCGCUGUGACAACCACCAGUGUGUCCCUCUGCGCUGGAGGUGUGACGGGGACAAUGACUGUGGGGACAGCUCGGAUGAGCGUGCCUGCAGCCCGCGUGUGUGCUCCGAGAGCGAGUUUCGCUGCGAUAAUCUGCACUGCAUUCCCGACCGCUGGGUCUGUGACCAUGACAACGACUGUGAGGACAACUCGGAUGAAAGGGACUGUGAGCUGCGGAUCUGUCACAUGGGCUACUUCCAGUGUGGCAGUGGCCACUGCAUCGCCGACCGCUUCAAAUGUGACGGCAAUGCCGACUGCAUGGACUACACUGAUGAGUUAUCAUGUCCAACCCGUUAUCCCAAUGGCACUUUUUGCCCACCGUUCCUAUUUGAGUGUAGGAACCAUGUGUGUGUGCAGCCCUACUGGAAAUGUGACGGAGACAACGACUGUGGAGACAAUUCAGAUGAGGAGCUCCAUCUCUGCUUGGACAUCCCGUGUGACGCGCCCUUCCGUUUCCGCUGUGACAACAACCGGUGCAUCUACAGCCAUGAGCUCUGCAACUCUGUGGACGACUGUGGGGACGGCACUGACGAGAAAGAGGAGCACUGCCAGACCCCCACACAUGGGCCAUGUUCAGCGGAUGAGUACAAAUGCAGUAAUGGCCAGUGCAUCCCACUGCAGUAUACCUGUGACGACUAUGAUGACUGUGGAGACCAUUCUGACGAGCUGGGCUGCAAUGUUGGCAGUGGGCGCUCCUGCAGUGACAACAUCUGUGAGCAUAACUGCACAGAUCUGACAGACGGAGGCUUCCUCUGCUCCUGCAAGCCUGGAUACAAACCCAGACAGACAGACAGGAACACCUGUGAAGACGUGAACGAGUGUGAGGUCUACGGGACAUGUCCACAGGAGUGUCAGAACUCCAAGGGCAGUUACGAGUGCUUCUGUGCCCAGGGCUUCCGCUCAGUCAGCGAGCAGCAUGGCAUGGAGUGUGCUGCUGAGGGAUACCCACCAGUGCUGCUUCUGCCCGACAAUGUGCGGAUUCGUUGCUUCAACCUGUCCUCAGAGCAGUAUUCAGACUACGUGGACAACAUGGAGCACAUCCAGGCUCUGGACUACCAGUGGGAUCCAGAGGGCAUCGGACUCAGUAUUGUGUACUGGACAGUUCUGGGCCGAGGCUCUCAGUUUGGAUCUAUCAAGCGGGCCUACAUGACCACUUUCAAUGACAACGGCAAUAACCCAGUGAAGGAGUUGGAUCUGAACCUGAGAUACAUUGCCAACCCUGAUGGCAUCGCUGUGGACUGGAUCGGAGGCCACAUUUACUGGACAGACGCAGGGACCAAUCGAAUUGAAGUGGCAAAGUUAGAUGGUCGCUACAGGAAGUGGUUGAUCCAUACUGACCUGGACCAGCCAGCUGCUAUUGUUGUCAACCCAGCACUCGGACUCAUGUACUGGACAGACUGGGGCAGGAGACCCAGGAUUGAGUCUGCUUGGAUGGACGGACAGCAUAGGCAGGUUCUGUUGGAUGAGGACCUGGGCUGGCCCACUGGACUGGCUCUGGACUACCUGAAUGGAGACAGGAUCUACUGGUGUGACUCCAAAGAGAACAUCAUAGAGUCCAUGAAGCCGGACGGCACCGAGAGGAAGAUCAUCAUGUCUGGAGAUAUUGGGAAUCCCUACAGCCUGGAUGUCUUUGAGGGCCAUGUGUACUGGACAACCAAGGAGCGGGGUGAAGUCUGGAAGAUGGAUAAGUUUGGGAAGGGGGACAAAGUGAAGGUGCUGACCAUCAACCCCUGGCUGACUCAAGUCCGCAUCUACCAGGAGCACAGACACAACCGUUCAGUACCCAACCCCUGUAAGAACAUGUGCAGUCACCUGUGUCUGCUGCGGCCUGGAGGCUACACCUGCACCUGCCCACAAGGCUCCUCCCUGGUCGGCUUCAACCCCAACGAAUGUGACGCAGCCAUUGAGGCUCCAGUCUUAAUGCCACUUGCAUGCAGAUGCAUGAACGGAGGGACCUGCUACACUGACGAAGGGGGCCUGCCCAAGUGCAAGUGUCCAUAUGGCUAUGCAGGGAGUUACUGUGAGAUGGGAAAGUCCAGGGGUGCCCCUGCAGGAACAGCAGUUGCCGUACUUUUAGCAGUGAUUAUCAUCCUCAUCACUGGAGCGUUGGCUGUUGGGGUUUUCCUCAACUACAAACGAACUGGCUCCUUAAUCCCAUCCAUGCCCAAACUACCCAGCCUAAGCAGUCUGGUGAAAUCGGGUGACACUGGGAACGGGGUGACGUUUCGUUCGGGUGACAAUGUCACCAUGGAUCUGGGACCUCCACCCAUCGGGGUUUCAUUCAUUGACAGGGCCAUGCAGUUGGAUGACAACUUUGCCGUGGAAGCGGGGAGGCAGCCAAUCACAUUUGAGAACCCUCUGUAUGGCACUGCAGCGGCUGGAUCGUCUAGUGAGCCUGCUGUCAUCCACGCCACACAGGUGACUGUUACUGUUAGCGGUGAGCAGAUAGAGAAGAACCUUGCGAACCCAGCGUACCAUACAGAUCAGAUUGUGUGCACCGUGGACAGUUCCACAGCCAGAGCCAAGCCUGUUCAGGAGUCCAGGUGGAGCUUCUUCAAAAGAAAAUUUAAGCCAAGCACAACUUUUGAAAACCCUACCUACUCAGAGAUGCAGAAUGAAAAAGCAGUAGGAAGCAAUGAGGACAGUUCCUCCACUGACCCCUCUCCCUUUGCCCCAACCGCCAAACCCUUCAAGAGGGAUCGUCCCAGCACCUACUCACCAACUGAGGACACUUUCCGAGACACAGCGAACCUUGUUAAAGAGGACAGCGAUGUGUAAUCCCGUUUCCCACAGAUGGGAAUCAAAGACACACUCUCCUUUGCACAGAAUCUAUUUUUAUAUGCAGCCUGUGUAAAAAAAAAAACACACAAAAAAAACGAAGAUUGUUUUGAGAGAAGAAAUUAGACAAACGUUUCUUUAGCAUACAGAAAAGAGGUCUGUCGUGACUAUGCCUUCGGAUAUUUCUGAUGCCAAUUCUUGUUUCCUGAUUUUUUUUUUAUUGUGAUGUAAUAUAUGUAUAUCUUUGCACUGAAGCUGCUGAUAGAAAUGUUAUAAAUAUGUUGUACAUUUGUAAAUUUGAAGAGUAAGAUUUUUGUCGAUAAUAUUCUCUGGCUAUUGGAAGUAGAUGAACUUAUCGAUAGUGCUUCAUAAACAAAGUAACAGGUAACAUAACAGGUGAAGUGCAUUGUGAAUGUACAGUAGACAUAUCGCAUUAGGACAAUGUUUUGAAAGGAUAACUAACUAUUUUUGCCACUGAACCAAACUGAAGAUGUAUGCAUUUUAUCUUGCAUGUUUAUAUACCUCAUUUCAGGGAGCAAAACAAACACAAACUGAUCCAAUUACCUUAGCUAUUCUAAAUCUAUAGAUGCUGUAAAAAGAAAACAAUCAAAAUUCUGAAUAUCUCGAAGAAUAGUAUGCUAAGCAUAUUUACAUGGUACUUACGUUCAAACUUGUAAAAACAAUUCCCUGACUUUUUUUGGCAUAUAUAUAUCAAAAUUAUCAUAUUUAGGUAAGACUUUUUAAUGAAUAAUGAUGGCCUCUUUUUAAAAUUAAUUUGGAACAAUACUUGAAUAUGCCAAUGAUUUUAAUGUGUGAAGAUGUAAAAUUUUGGACAUCUCUAGUGACUCUGGAGCUGGUAAAGUCCAAGAGCAUCUGGAGAUACAGAAUUUGAAGAAAUUAGGAAUCUGACUGUCAUUUUCUAAACAUGGGUUAUACAUCCUGUGCUCUUAGAUUGAUUGUUUUAUAUUGUGAUGAAAAUGACAAAUAAAGACUGUAUCAAUGAUCA